AGAUGGGUCAAAACGUAACCAGGAUGCCUAGGGUUUAGCUUCGGACGCGAGCUCGACCUCGACCGAGGAGAGAAAAAGUUGGAAACCACCUACAACAUCUCCUAUCAUAUUUCGUACAACACUUUUCAACCAUUCAACACAACCUAGAAAUCAGCCACAAUGAGCACACCGGGACCACUAGCAAACCAGGCCAGAUCGGUGUAUCGGCUGCUCAUCCGAGCUUCCAACUCGACAUUCGCAGGCGACAUCGCAUCACAGCACCAGUUCCGUUCAGUCAUUCGUACCACUUUCCUCUCCCCGACCCUCACCUCGCCGAUCAAACCGAGCAAUGCCGCUCCUCCCCCUACAUCCUGUUCCACACCGGCAUCCUCGUCUUCAGCAACAACAUCUAGCUCCGGGGCGACCGUCGUUCCACCCCCAACACCGAUCCCUGCAGCGGAACCCACUUCGCUGACAGAGCCGGAGUACUUGGAAAAGCUGCAACACUGGAGAGAGGUGGCCAAGAUCUUGAGGGAGAAUAUCGUGCAGGGAGAGAGGAUCGAGAAGGAACGUGCGCAAUUGAAAAGGCAACAGGAGGCCGAGGAAGCUGCGAGGAUCCAGGCAGAGGCAGCAGAGGAGGAAGACGGUCCGAUCUAUCGUCUCCGCCUGACCCCUCAUACAGAACUAGGGGACAACGACUCUAUCAAACUCAAGACGCCUCAAAAGGUCGAAUCGACGCCGUUCCCGAACAGGAGCAACGAGGCGAGGGAGAAGAGGAGGAAGGAGCGGGAGAGGAGAAUCCGAGAGAGGGAGGGGCAGUAGGGCACUCGAUCUGAACAUAGGCGUUCAGGAGGAACGGCAGCCAACGUGGUUAUACGACGUAGAUGAGUAAGCGGCCUUACACCCAGGCCCGGACGAAGGUCAGGCUCGCCAGCGACAUGUAAAUUCCACUUUCUUGCAUAUCGACACAUCACAAGCAUAUCGAGCAGA